AUGGAGCGGGAGCGGAGCGGGCCCGCUGAGGGCGCAGCGCGGCCGGGACGGGGCUCCGCUCCCUCUCCGCGCCCGGGGCGGGCAGAGCCGCCCGCGCCCCGCCGGGGAUUGGCCGCGCCGAGGCCGCCGCCGCCUCAGGUGCCUCAGGGCCCCGCCCGGGCCCCCCGGGACACUGGGGGAGCCUUUCCUGGAGGCCGAACCUCAUCGCCGGCCCGGGGCCGCCCGCAGGCUGCGGCUGCUCGGGGUCAUGGCGGGAAGGCCCCUCAGGGCCGCGUCCCCUCAGACCCACCGGGGCUGCUCCGCCCGCCCGUCCCGCCGGGAAUCCCUCGAGGCUCCAUACCCCGGGAGCCCCUCCAGUGCUGCGCUGGGUCCCUCCAAGCGGCCAGCGCUGAGGGACCGCUCCAGUUCAACGCCGAUGUGUGUCCAGCCCUGAGGGCCGAGCGGUGCCAGGCACGAGAUGUGGUGGCCCCAGGCUUCCACGUGGCAUUCUUUGCUACCAUGGAACACAGGGCAUCACAACAGCUGGGUAUGUUUGGCUCUGGAAGGGAAUCACAACUGCUGGAUUAUGUUUGGUCCCAAUGCACAACUCAGGGGAGUGACACUGAAUUUUGGACUCAGGUGCAAAUCUACCACCAUUCAACACUAAAUAAAAUUUUCCUCUAA